UAAAGAAAACAGCAAACAGAGCAAACGUCAAUUUGUAUAAUUCGACUAUCCUAUCCGAUUGAAAAGAGUCUGGUUGAUUAUUCGGUUAUUCGCGCUGCGCUGCUCCCCUGUUCCCCUAGUUUUGGAUUGUUGCUCCCAUUUAAACAAUAACAAUUGAAAAGAACGGACGCAAUUUUUGGAUUUCUUCGUCGAGUGAAGAAAAAAAGCUUACAAAAAUAUGUGCAGCAAUAAAUAAGUAUGAAGGUGUAUAUAGCAUCGUUUAUUGCACAAGUGAACAAAAUUAGAAAGUCAAGGCAAAAAUUACAAUGGAAAGCAUAAAGUGCAUAUUGAAUAAAACAUAAAAAGCCUGCCCACAGACAAUCGAUAUGAAUGAUACAUGGUAUUGUCAUCGAUUUUUGGACAAAUGAUGUAAAUAAUUCCAUUAUCUAAAUGUUAAGUGCAAAAGCAAGAAUACCAAAAACAAAACGCUCUCUAUUCCUACUUUCUUUUAUAAGUUCCCUUGCUAAGCACACGAGAAACUAGUUGCCCCCUGCAUACUUGCACUCUAAUACCUUAGCAGCCUUAUCACCAAUCUCAGUGCCCCUAGCCCCGCGCUCCAAACUCAACAAAUCAUGAGUGCAUCGACUACGUUAACUUUAAGUCGUGUAUCCUCUUUUGAUGAAACUCAAUACAAAUCCUCUCAAUAUGGCUAUCAAAGUGGGGGCCACAACCACAAUCAAAACAUUGCCAAUAAUGCCGUCAAACAGCCUCCAGCGACAACAACAAAUCACAACAACAAUAUAACAACUUCAGCCUCUUAUUAUCACUUACCCGGAGAGAAUCGACAACAGCACUCUCUAAGCUAUAGUAAAACUGAGCCUCUAGCCCUAUAUAUAGACGAUGCGUCACCAACAACUAGUCAGGAGAGAACUUCGAAGCACUACGCCCAAAUAAACAAUGCUACACCCACAACUGGACUAUUGCUGCACAAGAGCAACAGCUACAAUGGCAUGGUUUCGCUAAAACCCAAGGCCACAAUUAUCAAACAGGAUAGCUUAAAUGGCCGCAUUAACACUAGCCUUACCGACAGUGACAGUGAAUACGGCAGCGCCAUGGCCGGUUUCAUCCCCACCUGUUCGCCCACUACACCUAUGGCAGCGGCGACGGCGGCGGGUACCUCAAGCAUGUGUGCCAACGAGGCCAUUGAGGAGCAUGACUCCUUUCUGGUGGGAUCCACCUCCUCGACCUGCAACGAUGCUGCCUCCUCCUCCUCAUCGAGUGGCAAUACGAAUCGAAAUCGUCGCUCAAAUCGUUCGAAUAGCAAAAAUCGCUCCUCAAUAUGUUUUCGAGCGAAUGCCUUCGUCUCCCGCAAUUGGUAUUUAAGCUAUUUGGUGCCACUCUCCAUACUGCUGGCCCUUAUGUUUGUGGCCUAUCUGACGCGUGACUAUGCGAAACGUUUGCUCUUUUGGAUAGAGACACAAAAUCCUUGGGUGAUAUUUGCCGUAUUUAUGCUGCUAUUUAUUAUUGUUAGUUUUCCAAUCGUCGUUGGCUAUUUUGUAUUAAUGAUAACGGCCGGUUACUUAUUCGGUUUGAUACGGGGCUUCCUAACUGUGAUAUUGGGUGCGAAUAUGGGUAUAGCCAUUGCUCAUCUAACUUUAAGGAGUUUAAAACAUCGUUUGCCGGUGCAAAAAUUAAUUAAAAACGAGACUGGACGCGCCAUAUUGCGUGUUAUUUCUGGACCGAGGGCAUUUCGUGUUGUAUUAUUUACCCGUUUAACGCCCAUUCCAUUUGGCAUACAAAAUGCCAUAUUUGGGGUUAGCACCAUUAACCCAAAAGUCUAUCAUACGGCAACAUUUCUCGGUCUGCUGCCAGCUCAAUUAAUUAACGUUUAUUUGGGUUCAACCCUAAGGUCAAUGCAUGAGGUCCUAAACAAUCAUGGGACAGCCAUAACCGGUUACAUUAGUUUCGGUGUUGAGGUUAUCUGUGGCAUUGCCUUAAUGUUUUGGGUGGUGCAAAAGGCACGCAAGGAGUUAUCCGAGACGCUAUUAACUGACAUUGGCAACGAUGGAAAACUAAUCGAUAUACAAGUGUAGCGCAAGACUGCUCUAUUGUUGUUAUAUUAUUUGAAAAUAAUAUUGUAACAUUUUGGUGUGUUAAAAUCAUAAAAGAAGAAACAAAAACUUAAAAAAAUUAUUAUACAUUUUAUCAGUGAAGCAAAAACAAUUAAAAAACAAAAAGCAAAUGUAUACACGUUUCAGAAAUAUUUUUUAAUUAUUUUAAAAUUUCUUCUUGAAUAUUUUUUUUUUUUUUAUAUAAAAGAAAAACGCAUUUAUAUUUUUAAUUUGGUUGCUUUCGCCAAAAAUAUAAAAACAGUAACCUAAACAAACAUGACAUAGAAUUUUUUACAAAAAAAAAAAAAAUAAAAGUGAAUAAAGAUAUUAAUAAAUUAAAAAAUAUGUACUAAAUAUUAACAAAGCCAAGAAUAUUGUACAUAAUUUAUUAAGUAUGAUAUUAUCAUUAAAGAAAUUUUAUAUUUUUUUAAAUGUUGUUAUAUAAUUUUUAAAUUUUGAAGAAUAUUUUUGUUUAAUAUUUUCUAAGGUUUGAACGAUUCCAAGUCAAAAUAUUUGGUUAUGUGCUCAUUUUUUUAAGUCUCAAAAAGGUUACAAGGUUGAAAAAAAAAACAACAACUGAAAAUUAACUUAUUAUAGGUUUAUUUUAUUAAAAAAUUUAGUUGUUUAUUUGUUGUAAAUGAAAAAAAAAACAAAAACCUUAAUCCUAUUAGCACUGAAACUAAAUUGAUUUGAAGGAGCAACUAUGAAUGUUUUCCGUGUUGUUGUUGUAGCCACAUGUCUAUAUGUGGAGGUGGCGAUCCUCGUCAGUACUUAUGCAAGACCCGGUGCCGCCCUGCCUUUCACUGAGACUCUCCGCUCGAUACCGCUGAUAGUCCGGGACAGCAAUUGAAGCUACUCCGUAUGGAGCAUUCCACUAUCCGCAACCUAUGGACGCGCCCGGCAGCUUAGCUUCUCGUGGUAACAAUGAACACCACACUGAUCGGAGCUCAAAGUUCCAGUCUGUGUGGUGCUCAUAGUUUUCCCAUGCCAAAAUUGGUGUUUAUACCAAGAAAAUAAAAUUAAUCAGGUAAAAGGGUGGCCGAAUCCUAUAUGCCCUCCACCAUGGAUCGCAUUUGUCUAGUGCUUUGAAUGACUUUUUGAAACAGAAAAACGAAAGUCAUAGAAAACGACCUCCAAAAUUUCAGGCAAAUCGAGUAAUAAUUGCGCCCUCCAGAGGCUCAAAAAGUCAAAUUGUGAGAUCGGUUAAUAUGGCAGCUAUGUCAGAUUAUAUACCGAUUUAGACCAUAUUUGGAACAGUUGUUGGAAGUCAUACCAAUAUAACAUAUGGAAAAUUUCAACCAUAUUGGAUAAGAAUUGCGCCCUCUAGAAACCCAAGAAGUCUAAUCGGGAGAUCGGUUCAUAUGGCGGCUAUAUCAGGAUAUGGACCGAUUUAGACCAUACUUGACACAGUUGUUGGAAAUCAAAAUAAAACACUUCAUGCAAAAUCAAUCAUCCAAAUCGGAUAGUAAUUGCGCUCUCUAGAAGCUCAAGAAGUCUAAUUGGGAGAUCGGUUUUUAUGGCGGCCAUAUUAGGUUAUGGACUGAUUUGAAUCAUACUUAGCACAGUGGUUGGAAGUCAUAACGAAAUACGUCUUGCAAAAUUUCAGCUAAACCGGAAAAGACUAGCGCCCUCUAGAAUCUCAAAAAGUCAAGACCCGAGAUCGGCUUAUAUGGCAGCUAUAUCAGGUUAUGGACCCAUUUAAACCAUACUUAACACAGUUUUUGGAAGUCAUAACGAAACAUGUUAUGCAAAGUUUCGGCCAAAUCGAAUAGAAAUUGCGCCUUCUAGAGGAUUACGAAAUCAAAUCGGGUGAUCGGUUUAUAUGGCGGCCAUAUCAGGUUAUGGAAUGAUUUAGACCAUAUUUAGCACAUAUGUUGGGAGUCAUACCAAAACACUUCGUGCAAAAAUUCAGCCAAAUCGGAUUAGAAUUGCGCCCUCUAGAAGCUUCAAAAGUCAAGACCCAAUGUUGGUUUAUAUGACAGCUAUAUCAGGUUAUUAACCGAUUUAGACCAUAUUUGGCACAGUUGUUGAAAGUCAUAACAAAACACUACGUGUAAAAUAUCAGCCAAAUUGAAUGGGAGAACUGCGCCCUCUAGAAGCUCAAGAAGAAAACACCCAAGAUCGGUUUAUGUGGCAGUUAAAUCAAAACAUGGACCGAUAUGGCCCAUUUGCAAACCCAACUGACCUACACUAAUAAGAAGUAUUUGUGCAAAAUUUCAAGCGCCUAGCUUUAUUCCUUCGAAAGUUAGGGUACUUUCGACACACGGACGGACUGACAUGGCUAGAUCGGCUUCGAUCAUGAAUAUAUGUACUUUAUGGGGUCUUCGACGCAUAUACUUUAUGGGGUCUUAGACGCAAUCGGCAGAAUAAAUAUCAGUUGGUAUAUCGAAAUUUGACAAGGUAUAUGCUGAAGGCAUUAACGUAGAACUUGUUAAUCUUAUAGGAUUUGAUGACUUAACCGUAAAGAAGUAUCAAAAUGUACAAGGUAUAGGUAGAGGUUUCAACCUCUUUUGAGCUUAAAAAACCUUCAAGGGGUCCAUAAUAAAAUUUGAAGUAGUAUUUCUAAUGCAUUUUGUUGUUGUUGUAGCCACAUUGCAUGUGGAGGUCAAACUUCUAACGAUGAGUAACUUGUUCCGGUCCAUAGGACCGAUUGCUGCUGAGCGCCAAGAUGAAAUGGGACGUUAAAAACCACUCUUCCGCAUGACGUGGCAGAAAACUUCUGCUUUUCCAUUAUAAAAUCAAUUGAUCUGCCCAUAUCUACAAGCUAAAGAAAUUCAAUAGUUUUAAGUAACAGGCCAACGUCGUCAUAAGGAGGCAUAAUAUCGAAGUUGUCAUAUCGGACAUGCUAACCACUGCGUUACGGUGGCCUCUAUGCCAUGUAUAGAAGUCAUGUAAAAACCUUUUUUCUAAAGAGGUGUCGCACUGCAGCACGCUGUUCGGACUCGGCUAUAAGAAGGAGGUCGCUAAUGAUAUGUGAGAAGUUUGCCCCUGCUCCUUAAUGGAAUGUGUGAAUCUGUAUUAUUGUUCUUUGUUCGGGUGACUGCUAUGCUAACCUCAUUCUAACUAGGCGGUGUAUAUUCUCUACCAACAGCUGGGGGAAAAAUUGCAUACUAUCUUAGCUGGUAAUCCACAGACUUCAGCUGCCUAUUAUUUUCGGUCGAUUUACUGAUACGCUGACCUCUUUCUUUCUAGGUGAUGUACAUUCUAUACCAGCAGCUGGAAAAGGCUCCUCCUGUCUUGUUAUCCUUCAGACAGGUUAUUGCUGCGCUCAUUGUUAUUAGAAGGCGAGCAUAUUCGACCAUUUGGGAAAAAAAUUUCAUUCUACUUCAGUUGAUGACCCUUCAGCUCCUGCCACCUUAUUGCUUAUUGUUCUUCCACCGAACUGCGUGUCAGUGUACAUUCUCUACCAGCAGCAGGAAAAAUCAGGAUUAUAAUUUUGUUGCUAAGCCAUCGCUUCCUGUUACCUUAUUAUUCUUCUAACUGCUACGCUGACCUCAUUCUGUCUAGGUGGUGUACAUUCUGUAGCAGCAGUUGUGAAAAAUACACACUUUCUCUAUAGCCAGACAUAUGUAUCAGAAUCAUCGGUAUGAUGUUUAAUUCUUUGUUCAAUUCAUGAUUUCUUUCCGACUUCUGAAAAUCCCGAGUUGCUCGCACUUUCAUCUUUCCAUGUCUCUUUUAUUUCUGCUUAAUGGAAGUUUAUCAUCUCUCCUUAACUCGCGAUACCACAACGCCGUUGAUAUGUUGCUACUGACUGCUGGGCUGUUCUUUAUGCCAUAAGAAUGCUACGUACCGAGAGAUUAUUGUAUCGGCCCUAGAAAAACGUAAAACAGAAACAGAAGACAAAGUAAAUAAGAUAGGAAUACACCAUAGUAAGGUGCAAAACAGCAGAAACGAUAGAAGAGGAAAAAUCGCACAAGAUAGAAAAGUAGAGAACCCUGCGGACCAGUGAUAAACCCUUUAACUCCAGAAUGAUAAGAGGCAUAAGUGCCUGAAGGGAAUACAGGCAUGAAAUGAGGUAGUGACAUGAGGUAGUGACACAAAAGGUGUUUGGCCUUCUCUAACUCCUCUUCGUUAUCGCGCAGCCUGCAGAAGUUUACCCUUCCCCGUAUGCAGCGACACCUCAAAGACCUCCCGGCAAGAGAUAACUGUGAGCACCACACAGGCUGGAACCUUUAGCUCUAAUCUGUAUGGUGUUCAUUGCUGUCACGAGAAGCUUAGCUGCGAGCUACCGGGCGUCCAUGAGUUGUGGAUAGCUACCUACGUAGCUACUGGAACGUAUGGAGCAUUCCCAGCGAUCGGUCCUUUGGACCGGAACGAGCUUGCUCACCUACAGGAGCUUGACGAGUAUCUCCACCUCCACAUGAAAAUGUGGCUGACGUUGCAGUGAUCAUUUUGGACUCCUAUCAUCAGUCCGAGGCUAUGGUUCCUCAUCCCUAGCGAUGUCUUACUGCGCGAAAUACACGUUCUUUACCGCCCUAAAACCCAAAGCACCAGCGUACGCUUUGUUCACGCUCUCAUCGUAGAAGUCAUCCAACGUACCAUGAAGCUUUUGCACGAGAAAGCUGAUUGAUUCCAUAGCACGAUUUAUGCCAAUCAGCGAUCCAUUCUUGGCCAGUUCGUCGGCCGCUUUGCUUCCCCCCAAACCUUGAUGGCCCGGGACGCAACAGAGCCUAACAAUCGUUGCCAUGGUUCCAAGAAGCUCUUUGGAUCUUCUAACCAAUCUCGAUCUAACACGCCUGACUGCCCACUUGUUAGUCUGAUUAGGUCGUCGUUCCCGCAUCGACAUUGUCUGCAGCGCCUAAAAGAGGCUUCGCUAGUAGUCCGACUUCCUUAAUCCAAGGAAUUUAAUCAAAACCCCUGCCUCACUGUCCCCGUCCAAUGUAGACUCAUCCGUUUAUACGUAGGGGUCCGGAAAGAGCGAUGUUCCUCCAGCCUAGAGUUCUCUUUUAGGGAAAACAAUGUCACACUCGUUAACAAAGUAGGACUGCAAAUUUGUCCAUGAACAUUCCAUUAAGGAACAGGGGCACAGAAUAGAAAAACGCUCCAAGUUUGAGAAGCGUCCUGACGCCCACAGCCUGAGGUUGAUCUUAGUGGCCACACACGCAACAUACUGGUGCAAAGGCGGCCUAGGCUCGUACAUGACAUCUAGCGCCUCUCUCAGGGAACUGGAGAUCUAUGUCUACGCGGUAUCCUAUACAUUCUCGAACAUCCCUAGGAGCGCACAGUUGCCCAGAGCUCGAAACCACACCAGAUAUCCUUAGGCGAGUAUCGGCUAAACCAUCGCCGCAAACAUUCAAAGCAACGCUCUUGGCACAAAUACCCAAUUCUUUUCUAUGGAAAUGCGACAGUAGUAUGUAGAGCACAAACCUUUUUCAUUUUUAUCUCGACGUUUCUUCCCCAGCUUAGUCCCAGGUCAAGAAUCAUGGCAUGGCUGGGCGUUCGGAGAAAGCGACAGCUCCUUCCAAAACAGGUCCCUUGAAAAUACCCAGCUUAAGGUGGAGUGAGUAAUUCAGGUGGAGUCAAAAACGCAUUAAAAAUGCAACUCUGCAAACAAAUCCCAGAAAAGCAACUUUGACGCCUAAAAAUACUACUUCACGUAUGGCAAAACAAAAUAACGCUUGAGUUCAAACGUCAAAGUUAAAAAUUGUUUAACUUUUGCGCUUACUUUUGAGGGAUUUGUUUGCAAAGUUGCAUUUUUAAUGCGCGCGCAUAGCAUGUAACUCCACCUUUACACAACAAAGACACGCAUGCAUUUGACGGACGAAGUUAAAUAACUGUUUAACUCGUUAAACAUAUGAUUUGGUAUUUAAGAGUAGAGUACGAAAGGUAUUUAAGAGUAGAGUACGAACUUGGCAUAAAAAUGUCACCCUUAGUGUCAGGGGGUCCAUCACGCCAAAAACACCACCCAACAGGACACUUUUACCGCUUUGGGCAUUAUGGGAAUCAAAUGAGAGGUAUUUAAAAGUACAGCACAAACUUGGCAUAAAAAUGUCACCUUUAUUGUCGGGGGGCUCCCCACCCCCAAAAACUCCAACCAACAGGACACUUUUUGGCAAUAUGGGUAUCAAAUAAAAGGUGUUUAAAGUAGAAUACAAAUCUGACAUAAAAAUGUAUUCUUUGGUGUCUGAGGGGCCUCCCCACCACCCAAAAUCCCCCAGCAGGACAUAUUUACCGAGAUGGAUAUCAAAUGAAAGGUAUUUAAAAGUAUAGUAAAAAGCUUAUAUACCGAUUCAUUCCUUGAUGUUUGAGGCGGCUCCCAACCUACAAAAACCCCUCAACAGGACAUAUUUAUCGAUUGGGAUAAUAUGGAUAUCAAAUGAAAGGUGUUUGGAAGUUGAGUACACAGAUGUUAUAAGAAUUUUGUCCAAGGUCUCUACGGAGCCUCUUCAACCCCAAAACGGGCAUGAAUGUGCAACGUUACAAAAUGAGUAUAAAACAAGUAAAAAGGCGUUAAGUUCGGCCGGGCCGAACUUUGGAUACCCACCACCUCGGGUAUAUAAACCACCUUUCAUCCGGGCCGAACUUUGGAUACCCACCACCUCGGGUAUAUAAACCACCUUUCAUCAAAAUUCGGUGAAAAUUUCAUACCUUAUACUCAUAUACCUCAUACCGAUCUGAACUAUAUACGACACGGAUGUCGAAAAGCCGAACAUAAGAAACUGUGUCAAAUUUCAGUUAAAUCGAAUUAUAAAUGCGCCUUUUAUGGGGCCAAGACUUUAAAUAGAGAUAUCGGUCUACAUGGCAGCUAUAUCCAAAUCUGGACCGAUUUGGGCCAAGUUGCAUAAACAUGUCGAAGAGCCUAACACUAAGCACUGUCCCAAAUUUCGGCGAAAUCGGACAAUAAAUGCCUAUUUAAUGGGCCCUAAACCUUAAAUACAGAGAUCGGUCUAUAUGGCAGCUAUAUUCAAAUCUGGACCGAUCUGGGCAAAAUUGAAGAAGGACGUCGUAGAGCCUAACCAAACUCACUGUCUCAAAUUUCAGCGACAUCGGACAAUAAAUGCGU